ACUGAAGCGCGUGCGCAGCAGUAGCGCCCACGCCGACGCGCGCCGCGGACAUCGACAUGGAAACUCGGUCGUUAGCCCUCCUCGCGCUAUGCGUCGCCUACGCAGAGCCUCUCUCGGAGGCAACGACGCCCUGGAGCCUCUUAGGCCCCUCCAGCAACUCAUCAAAAGCCGCAGCGAUGCCUUUGACCCCUACGCCAACGAGUACACCCAGGAUUAUGAGCCUGUGGCAUUCGCCGCCGUCCCCCUCGGCAGCCCCGUGCCGAUUAUAGCAGUCCUCUCGGAGAACCCACUCGAACAAGCCAAACAACUCCAGAAAGCAGUGGCGACCUCCCUCAAGCACGCAUACACGAAACCAGACUAUCAGCAAAACUUCAUCCCGAGCGACCCAACCGAGUAUCCAAGCCAUUACACGAAGACUUACGAAGAUUACCAAAAACCUUACGAACACCUAAAAUCGAAGCCGUACAUGCCCCCGGAAUACCCGAAGUAUUAUUCGUCUAUAGAAUUUGCUAAGCAAUAUCCUUCUGUGGAAUAUGCUAAGCAGUAUCCCCCUCUGGAAUACAUUAAGCCGGCUCCUCCUCCUGUGGAAUACGUUAAGCCGUACUCUACGGAAUACGUUAAGCCGUACUCUGCGGAAUACGUUAAGCCGUACCCCGUGGAAUACCCUAAGCCGUAUACCCUAGAACAGCCGUAUCGUUCCGCAGAAUACACGAAGCCGUACCAAGAAGAGUAUGUAAGAGACAGGCCGUACCGGGAAGAGUACGUACGAGAGAGACCAUCCCCGACAGAAGAAAAACCGACAAUACUGUACGCGAGACCGAAUGGGAAUGGAGGAUACACGUAUUCGAGAAGGCCUUUAAAGAAAAGGAAUGUGAAGAGGCCUCAGAAACAAAAGCCGGUGAUCCUAAGGGUUCAUAAGUACAGGGUAGUUAGAAGUCGCAGAUCAGAGCCGGAUCUCACCUUAUAAAGUGUUUUGUGAUUUAGUGUUUUGCCUGCUUUUAAGAGUUGCAUAAUGUGGUGCCUUAUGUGAUGAGUUAUGAAAAGAAAGAAAAGUGAAGUUGUUAAAAAUUACCACUGGAGUGACAUUUGCUUUUACUUGUCUGUCAAAAAAACUGUUGUCAGAGGACAGACAUUGAAUCAUGGUGGCCGAAUAUUAAUCAGUUAAACUUUCGGAUAACAUUACUAGAAUCGUGAAAAUAUUUUUAAGAAAUUUAUAUACAUUGUACCUACUGAUAACUUUUAGCAAUUUGAUCUUUACAGUUAGUUAAGAUUUCAUUAUUAAUACUUGUUAACUGUUAUUUGUUUGGCAAAAUGUUUGACCAUAAGAUACCUAAUGCAAAAUUCUAAAACGUAGGUAGACAAAAAAACAAAACGCAAGCCAAUAUAUUUAAAAGUUUU